UUCUCCAUCCUUUUGUCAACAGGAAGUUCCAGGCACCAACAAAGUUGUUGAUAAAUUUUGUGAGAAAAUAACAUUUGUGGAUGAUAUUUAUAAGUGUUCUUGAAUUAAUUAUAACCAUUAGGAAAGAAAUAAUUGAUGUCUGCUUCAAGAUCUUCCUAGAUCUAGAAUAGAUCUAUUUGCUCAAGUUUAGCGAGAAUUAGAGUGAGGGCGAGAAGACGGUGCCAGAAUCCGGUUCCACUACAGAAACUAAAACUGUUUUCAACACGGGACUUCAACACUUGGACUGUUUUCUCCCAUCUUUUCAGCCAAUUUUCAUCUGAUUCAUCUUGUGGAGCGUAGAAACGCUCGGAUGAACAUCCUCCAUUAUGUCACAAAAAAACAGGAAAUCUCGGCCAAGCUGAAGAAGCUAAAGGCAGCCUGCGAUGCGGCCCAUAACGGCUCAGACGAACCUGAUGGGGCCAAGGCAGGGGCUGACGGCGGUGAAGAGGGCGAAGGGGAGAUAGGAGAGAAGAACACUGUCACAACACCCUGUGGUGGUGGUGGUUGUGGGUCUUCCCCAUCUUCUUCGUCUCUGAGUGCCUACGAUAAAGAAGAGCUGCAGAAGCGUCUGAAUCCGAAACAGUACCAGGUGACUCAGCAGAGAGGCACAGAGAAGGCAUUCUCUGGAAAGUACGUGAAGUGGAAAGAAGAAGGGGUGUACAACUGUGUGGUGUGUGGCACACAGCUAUUCUCCUCAGAAUCCAAGUAUGACUCGAACUCGGGUUGGCCUGCUUUUUAUGAUGUGCUGGGGAAAGAGAAAGUGACUCUACAGGAGGAAAAUCUUGGAGGUCUUCAGAGGAUGGAGGUGAAAUGUCGCGAGUGCCAGGCCCACCUGGGUCAUGUGUUUGACGACGGACCCAAACCCACGGGCAUACGCUACUGUGUCAACUCCUGCUCUCUAGACUUCCGCAAGCACACCACGGUCUAGGGGUCGAUCUACUGGACGAUGAACGUGGUCACUUCAGUUAUGGAGACAGGAGGGGAAAGGGGGGGGGGGGACAAGGUGCGAUGUGUGCAGAUUUUACAAGACUUUGGUGAGGACUGCUAUGUUAUUGAAUGUGAGGUUCAGUUGUCUGCAAGGUCCCUUUGUGAACUGGUUUUAAAAAUAGAACAGAGGUCUGGGCAGGAGAAAAAUAACUGCUAUUGCUGUAACACAAUGUGAUUCUAAUUUUAAUCGGAUAGUGGGUAUUGUAACCCAUUGUUUAACAGAUGUGAAAAUAUUGCUGUGAAAAUGUUUGAUAUGGUGAAAAAAUGAGAGAUGUGGGAAAAGAUCGGGAUUAUAAAGUUGUAUUUUUUUUAGAGCAUUUAGCAGAGAAAUGAGCAGCGAACCAUGAUCUCCAAUGUCCGUUUCAGAUCUGGUGCUUUUUGAAGAAGAAGAAAAUGAAGUCAGUUAGGGAAGAUGGCUUGUAGACAGAAUUCAUUUUUAAUUAGUACUUUGUGAUCUUCGAAUUGAAUUGUGAAGCUUUCAUAUUAACACUAAUCCACAUACUAAGUAUGGCUCAUAUAUUGUGGUAGACUGUUGUAGGGCCAUCAUUAUAUGAGGAAUUUUGUAUUGGAAGAAUAUAAAAGGGUGUUUCUGAGUAUCUGCAGUUUUGUGAUAUAAAUGCUUUUUUCCCCUUUUUUUUACAUUUUAAAAAGGCAUUGUUGUGGUAGUUCGAUGUAUUUUGUCACGUGAUAUGAAAGAAAAUUUUGGAAUGAUGGCUGUGAUGAAUCAAGAACAAUUCAGUGGUAUAAUUGUGUUCUAAUUGUAUUAAUGGUUUCUUGAGGAAAUUCGAACAAACCAAACCCCCCCCCCCCCCCCCCCCCCGCGAAUUUUUCUCCUCGAUAUUAAUGUCAAAGUUAAAUUCAAUUCAUAGCUAAAGAAGUUGUAAUGGAUGUCAAUCCUUAUCUUGUGGAAAUAUUUUUUUCUUGAGGACCAGCAGAGCAACAUCUGCAACGGUUUCAGAGCUA